AAAGGUCGUCCACAGGGCUCAAAAUCUGGGUCACGCAAUGGGGAUCGUCAAAACGGGGAUUGUAUUGCUCAUCGGCUCCUUUUGGGGCUCGAUCGUGCUUUUACGAAGCAUCUUUCUGAUAUUCACAGAUCGUGCAAAGUUUCUAGCGUUUCGCGUUCGUGAGACACCGCCUUCAUGUUUGAGUGACAACGAUAUAUGGAAGCAUGAUUCUAUCAAGUUGAAGGAUGUGAAGAUCCACUAUGUCUCUGCUGGGGAUCCAAACAAGCCAUUGAUGUUGUUCUUGCAUGGCUUCCCCGAGUUCUGGUUUUCUUGGAGGUACCAACUAAGGGAGUUCUGUAAGGAUUACAGAUGUAUUGCUAUAGACAUGCGAGGGUUUGGCGACUCGGAUAAACCCAGCGGGAUGCAUCAUUAUGAGAUGGGAAAGCUUACUACUGACGUGAAGGAUGUCAUUGAAGGCCUUGGUUAUAAGGCAUGUACCCUUGUCGCCCAUGACUGGGGUGCAGCAGUUGCAUGGAGCUUUGCCUAUGAGCAUGCAGACCUGGUAGACAAGUUGAUCAUACUCAAUGUGCCACAUUCCAGAGCCCGCCAUGAUAAUUUUAGCUUCAAGCAGUUCUUGGCAUCAUGGUACAUCAUGUUCUUCCAGCUCCCUUACCUCCCCGAGUGGUACAUGAGGCGCGGUGACCAAAUGAUCUUCAAUUGGCUAUUCAACAAGCCGCCCAGUGGUCGGGAGGGAAUGGUCACUCCCGAGGAAAUAGAAGCAUGGAAAUAUCAGUUUUCCCAACCAGGUGCUUGGACCUCGGCGAUCAACUACUACCGAGCUAAUAUAAGAACGGAUCGCAAGCAGUGGGGCAAGAUCACCAAGCCCACACUGAUCAUCUGGGGCGUGCGUGACAUAGCUCUAACAGAACUCUUGUGUGAUGGAUCGGUCAAAUACUGUGAGGAUGUGAUUGUGAAGAAGCUCGAUGCCACUCACUGGGUCAUGCAAGACAAGCCAGAUGAAGUCAACAAAUGUAUGCGUGAAUUCUUAGCUUAAUUAUAAUUUUGUGAUAAAAACUCGAUGGAUAGUACCAUGUCGGUUCAGUACUUAUGUACGCCACAUUAGGCAAAAUCAGUGAUUGUAUUAUUAUUGUACUGUUAUUAAAUACUUUUGUAAGGUAAUUGAAAAUAAACACAGUUUUUGAAAAUUUGAAUAGGUUUUCUUUGAUUUUCUCAAGUACAAAAGAUUUGUCAGGCACUUAUAUUAUUAGUGUGACGAUAUCUUAUAAAGGAAGUUGAUAAAUUGAAAUAUAAAACAU